AGCCUCACUGGAGCAGAGUUCACUGGCGGACAUUGCAGAGCUUCAGCCACACACACCAUGAAGAACUCUAACUUGAUGAUAGUUUUUAGUCUCUUCAGCUACAGCUGGAUCUCUGUCUCAGUUUCUGAGACUGUGGACGUCCAGUCUGGUGAAGAUGUCACACUGCAGUGCUCCAACAUGUCCAAAGGUGAAUCUGUGACAUUGUGGUUCAGACUGGUGAAUAAAACCAAGACCAGCUGUAUCUCUGUUAUGUUCAGUGCUGAUGAGGGCGUUAGAUACUGCGAGGGAUUUCAAACUGGAAAAUUUAAAAUGAGAUCCAACAGCUCCACCAUCUCUCUCAGAAUCAAACAGGUGGAUUUAUCUGACUCUGGACUGUAUUUCUGUGGAUUUUACACAGAGGGACGCCUGUUUUUCAGUGUUAUACAUUUAAAUGUUAAAGAGUCUGAUGGAAUAGCAAAGCUGACGUGUGUGAUCCUGGGCGCUCUGACUGUUGUCCUUGUGAUGGUCAUCAUUGGUCUGGUUGUGAAAAACAGGAAACUUCAGACAGCUGCCAGGGACGGACAGAAUCAACAACAGCAUGAGACUCUGGGCUCUGAUGGCCAGAAAGACGCAGCACUGGCUUUGCACUUGCCAACAGUGAGGAACAGGAGGCCUGCAUCACAGAGAGAAGUGGAGACUCAUGUUAUUUAUGCUGCCCGCAGAUAGACUCAGAGAGGAACUGAUGCUUUUAUCACAUUAACCUGCUGCUGUGUUCUUUUGAGGCUGGA